CGUUGCGAAGUUUCAAUCCCCGAUAAGCAUUCAGACUAUCCUAUAUACAAACUCAUCGAUUCUUCCGAGCUAGGCACUAAGGCCAAUCCUAUAGUGAUUAGAGAUAAUCCUACUCCUUUAGGCUCGGCCUCUAAUCCUAUUGAUUGUCUUCGCCUAGAUAAUAAGAUAGUCAAUAAUAGAGCGACUAAGAUCGAAACAAAUACGAAGACACUAACCAACCUAUUUCCGGCGCAGAAAACACCACACAGCACCACAAAACGUAUUACGAGUACACUAACUUCUAGCUCUUAUAGUAAACGUAGACCUUUAGAUACUAAUAGCGUCCCCCUUAAACUAAGACGAUCUGGACGAUUGAUCAAAAGGGCCAAACAGUCAGUAACUCGAAAAUAA